UCUUUAAUCUGUGUUUGUUUGUAGCCUGCCUGAAUUUUUAUGAGGUUGGAGAUUAUUCUCGACUGAUACCGUUUCUAAUUUUUGCAAUUCUGGCUCUUGAAAUCUAAACAAGUAUGUUCAUAGACAGUGUUACUCCAAGUUCUUGGAAAUCAAACUUGAUUGAGUGAUCAGGUUGAAAUUUUGCUGUGUUCAAGUUUUGAUUAAAUGGAUAUAUUGGUCAUUUGUUUGUGUUCUUAGCAUGCCUGUUUAUUUAUGAGUAGAGUCAAAGGUAGAUAGUUUUGUUCAUUAUAUGCUUUGAUGAAUUGUAUAUUAAGAUCUUCAUUGGAAAAAAAAAGAGAAUAGUUAUGUAACGUCUUCAAACUUUGCCCCCAAAGAGUACAUUUUGCAUAAGUUGUUCUUUUUCUAUGAAUUUGGACUAUAUGCCUUAAAAGUUAUUAUAUUUAUGAAUGAGUAAUUUGUUGCAUGCAAAGAUAAGAUUAAAAAAAGAAGUAAUUUGUUUCUGCCUGUGUUUUUUUAGUUAUAAAAGGACUUUCUUUCUUUUUCAGAAUAUCAUUUAUGAACAUUAGUGUUCUAUAAUUCUAUUCCAUUUCACUGAAAGUGUAGAAUCUGUCUAGCUUCAAAAUAUAUGAUAAAAUAAAAGAGAAUGAUGGGAAAUAGUGGGAGGAAAAUGGCUUUGCCUUAUUUCCAACGAAGUUAUUUUUCCUUAAAAAGAAUAAAAUAUCAGGAAAAAUUUAAAAUAAUUUUUAGUUGAAAGAAUUUUCCAUUAGUGGUAACGAGUUUUUUUUGCCUCUUAUUUUGCCUUCCAUGGAGUUUAUCAUUUUGGCCAUGAUUUAUAAGGAAUUUUUUAGUUUUCAAACCAACUUUAACUUUUCUGGCUAGUAAGAUGAGAUAGGCAACCAAAUCAAGCAUUAGAAUAAAUUACUGGUGAAGUUGGGAUGUUUUGUGAGGAACUUUUAUUUAUUUGUUGGUUUUAUUUAUUUGUUGGACGGAAUGUAAAGUUGGGAUAAAUCAUCUAUUCUAGAAUUGAAUUAAUGGAGUUGUAAUAUCUGGAUAUAGUGCAUAAAAAGAGAUAAAUUGUCCUCUCGGAUGAGUCUAGUGAUUAGCGCAUAAGGUAUUGUCACCAUGAGGUCUGAGGUUCGAAUCUUGACAAAGUUGAGGUAAAUGUUUCCUUUAUGUGCUAGUUAUUAUUCUAAAGGUUAGUAGUCGUCCAUGAUUUAUCUCUUCCGUAUUGGUCUCAAAUGAAUUGGUAGAGGCGCUGGGGCUCAUCUAAUAAAUUAAUGUAAUUAUGGUAUGAGUUUAAAUUUUCAUUACUCCUACACGAAUAUCAAUAGGAUAUAUAUACUAUUUUUUUUUUGUUAUUUUUCAUAAAAAAUAUGGGUUUUGUAAAAUAAUUGAUUUUAUUUUUAUUGUUGUCAAAUUAAAUUGAACUUAUUAAUUCAUGAGCCAUUUAACAAACCAAACUAAAGAAAAUUUUAUAAUCCGUUUAUUCUAUAUUUCAUUUUUAGAAUUUAUUAAUUUCAUUUUAUGAAUUUAACACGUCGGACUAAAUUAAAUAAUUUUGGAAAUUAUAAGAAAAAUCGAGAUAGAAUUAUUUGCUCUAGCUAAAUUUUAUCAAAUCACAAAAUUUACAAAAAAAAAGGGUUAAAAUAAUGCCAAGCCCGACGGGCCGGAUGAACCGGGCCGAGCCGGACCGGCGAUACUAUAAAUGGGUCUUCUGAUUUGUACGGGAGCAAUACCUUAAUGGGUAAUUUCCACCUUCCCGAAGCGAGGUUACUGGAAACUCCUCCCGACGAAGACGACGGCGGGCGGCGGAGCAAAGGCCGCCCGCCCUUUUUAUUUUCUCUCUAGAAUGAAACCCUAAACCUUCAAUGCUAUUCCGGCGCAAUUCCCCAUAUCAACUGCGGAUCCCUCGCCGCUGCUCCACCAGUAAACACCUGCUCUCGUCUCUGGCGGCGGCGGUUGUCGCCGAGGAGGAGGAACUCGUCUCCGCUUCUUCGGCCUCAGAUUCCCAGAGUUCUGUGAUAAAGUUCGUAUCUUUGUUCAAACCAGAGGCUGAAAGUAUCGCUCCGUGCCAAUUCGCCCGCGGGGGCUUCAGUCGACAUGGAGCUCCGAAGGAGAAGGAAACGGUCUCGUUCCCUGGAUUGCAUGAGAAUCGAAGGGUACGGAAAUUGGAGGUUUGCCACGCUUUGGCCAAAGAAGGGAGAUUGAAGGAGAUGCGAAACGCCAUGCGAGGGAUGGUGCAGGACGAAGGAGUUGGUUCAGCACCAUUAUUGAGUGAGCACCUGUGGACUCAUUUCAGACACUGGGAUUCCAGCAGCAUUGUUUGGGAUAUGUUGGCAGAUGUAUAUGCUAGAUCAGAAAUGAUGGACGACGCUCGUUUUGUCUUAAGCAAGAUGGCUAGCUUGGACAUGCAAGCUUCUGUGUCUACCUAUCACAGUUUAUUGCACAGUGCAAGGUAUACAAGCAUUGUUCUUGAUCUUUAUCGAGAAAUCAAAGCCAGUGGGAUUUCUUGCAGAGAGCAGACAAUUGAUCUCCUCAUAGACAGUCUCUGCAAACAAGGAAGAGUGCAAGAUGCAAUAUCGUUCUUCCAAGAGAUAAGAGAAGAGAAAUCAUAUUGCCCUCAUUUGAUCACCUUCAAUGCCCUCAUAUCCGGACUGUGUAAUUCUCGCUUUAUCAAGAUCGCAUGGUCUCUCCUCUCUCUUUCCUUUAAGUAUGGAUUUCUUCCCGAUGAAUAUAGUUUCAAUUCUCUUAUGCAUGGGUUAUGUCUAGCAGGAAAUGUGGAAGAAGCUUUGCAACUCUCUGAGUCUAUGCAAAAUGACGGUGUAGAGGUUGAUGUGGUUAUGUAUAAUAUUCUUAUAAAUGGGUGUCGUCGACUUGGAUCUAUGCGUGAGAUCUGGAUGCUCGUUAGAAUGAUGAUAAAACAGGGACUGCAGCCUGAUCCUGUUACUCAUACUAUUGUGAUAAGUGGUAUUUGUGAUGAAGGCGAUAUUGAUGAAGGACUAAGGAGGAUGGAUAUGCUUGCCCGAGGAUGCAGGCUGAAUAUUGUGACUUACAGUGUUCUCCUCAAUGCCCUUUGCAAAAAAGGGGACAUCGCUAAAGUUGAAGAGUUGCUUCAUGAGAUUAAAGAUAUCGGCCUCGAUAUGGAUCUAGUGGCAUAUUCCAUUCUCAUAAACGGGUAUUGCAAGUUGGGAGAAAUAGACAAGGCACUUCAGGUGUGCCGAUCUAUGAGCUCGAAGAGUGUGAUGCCAAAUUCUUUUUUUCAUGGAGCAAUUCUUUCAGGUAUGUGCAAGAAAGGUUUGAUGUCGGUAGCAAAGUGCUAUUUCGAGUACCUAGUUGCUACCGGUCAGAGAUUGAACGUUAUAUUAUAUAACAUUGUCAUUGAUGGCUUUGCUAAAGUUGGUGAUGUCGAAGAAGCUCUUGCAGUAUAUGAACAACUAAUUAGGUCAGCUAUAACUCCUACAAUUGUGACUUAUAAUUCCUUGAUUUAUGGUUUUUGUAAGAUCGGAAAGCCAACCGAGGCACAGAGAUUCUGGAGGGAAAUGGAUACGUAUGGACUGGUUCCUACAGCCAUAACAUACAAGACACUUAUUGAUGGAUUUUGUGAAAUUGGGGAUGCCGAUUCGAUGCAGAUGCUACUUGAGGAAAUGGAUAGGAAAUCAAUCAUGCUCGACAAAAUUACUUACAGUAUAGUUAUCAAGGCACUUUGUAAAAAGGGUAGAGUAAAAGAGGCUUUUGAUAAACUGAACGACAUGGUUCUUAGUGGAAUAGAUGCUGACUCAAUUGCCUACGGUACAAUUAUCCAAGGCUUUUAUCAGCAAAGGAACUCAGACAUGGCCUUCUACAUAUUUUAUAAAAUGUUAAAAGGCGGUAUUGCACCUACUCCUGCUACUUAUACCUUUCUCAUUGAUUGUCUUUGUUUAAAUCACCAAGUUGACAAAGCAGAGGAGUUCCUAUAUUAUCUUUUGCAUCAGGGUAUCAGAUUGAGGAAGUGUGCCUACACCACUGUCAUAAAAGCACAUUGUGCCAUGGCGAUCCCGGAUAAGGCCUUUGUGCUCUUUGAUAAACUGUUGAAGUCUGGACAUGAAGUUACAAUCAAUGACUUCAGUGCGGUGAUCAACCGAUUAUGCAAACGGCAUUUUGUACAUGAGGCAAAGGGCUUCUUCAAUAAGAUGUUAGGUUUCGGCAUACAUCCAGAUCAGGAAGUGUGUGAUGUGAUCUACAAUGCCUUCCUCAGGACGAAAGAUUACAAGUCAUUGAUUACUUUCUGUGCCUUUUUGAUCAAAAGAGGAUUGGAGCCACAAUCAUAAAAGCACAUUGUUGAAGAUGGAUAUCUGGAUCUUAAGUCUGCUCAAAAUUGUUCUACUCCACUUACAAAUCUACUUCAAAGAAAAGUUCAAGAUAUUCGAGUAUGUCCAACUCUCCUAUCGAAGAGAACCCUUAACGAACAUAGGGUGGUACAUCGCCUUCGCUGUAGUCGAUCACUUGAAACGGGAGGUUUGUAUGUGAUAUAUUAGCAACCUCAUUAUAAAUUUUAGAGAAGUCAAUUUUGUGAGUUUUUUAGUUGAUAUUAGAUAUUCAGUUUAAUUCGAUUCCAUAAAUAUUUACAACU